AUGUUUAAGACUAAAUUCAAUGUCAGCUAUCGUCCUCAGACACUGAGUGACCUAAUUUCUCAUCAGGACAUUCUGAGCACCAUUCAGAAGUUCAUCAGCGAAGAUCGUCUGCCUCACCUUCUCCUCUAUGGACCACCUGGCACUGGCAAGACCUUCACAAUUCUGGCCUGUGCUAAACAGCUCUAUAAAGACAAGGAAUUCAACGCCAUGGUUUUAGAGCUGAAUGCUUCGGAUGAUUUAGGAAUUGAUGUUGUCAGAGGACCCAUCCUGAGCUUUGCUAGCACAAGGACAAUCUUUAAGAAAGGUUUUAAGCUUGUGAUCCUGGAUGAAGCAGACGCUAUGACCCAGGAUGCCCAGAAUGCCCUAAGGCGAGUGAUUGAGAAAUUCACCGAGAACACCAGGUUUUGCCUGAUCUGUAACUACCUCUCCAAGAUCAUCCCUGCCUUGCAGUCCAGAUGCACAAGGUUCCGGUUUGGCCCCCUGACUCCAGAACUCAUGGUCCCCAGACUGCAACAUGUCAUUAAGGAAGAAUGGCGGGGAAAGCACGUGGAAACUGUGGGAUAG